CUCAAAAUGUCUUCAAAACAACAUUUGGGGGUGUGGUCGCAAGUUAGCCUCUCUCAUUUAGAGAGAAGUACAAUAUUGAAAGUUUUCGCUCUGAGUUGUAUCGUCUACCGUCUCUCCCUCAUCACAGUCCCAUUAACCACCAUUAAUGAAUUGCAAAAGAUCGUAAAUACCCUCGUGUGGCGAGGUAAACACCCCACAAUUAGCUUUAAAACUAUAAUUGGAAAAAAGGUAUCUAGAAGUUUUGCCUUAUUAGAUUCCAGUGCAUCUUGCGGGACGAGAAAGAGUCUGUUUCCGCUGUAAACAGACGGGUCAUUUAAAACGUGACUGUAUAAUAUCCGUAACGAAGACAAAGUAGAAAGUCAGACGGUGGAAGAAGGUGAGAAUCAGGAAAAUAAUGUUGAUGAGAAUCAUGAUAGUCCUACGGAUAUGCCGAGUGGUGAAGAUGAUCCUCACGAGGGUAUUAUCAAUGAAACAAACAUAAAUCCAACCACACUUGAUAGUAAUCAAGGUGGCAGUGUUUUGGUGACAAUUUAUGGAGCAAACGGAUGGAUUGGCGGACACUGUCGUUCAAUUCUGAGUAUUGCCGGACAGAAAGUGGUUACCGGACGACGUAUUACAUCGUUAAAAGAUGUAGAAGAUGAUAUAGCAUUAUACAAGCCAGAUCGUGUCAUUUGUGCCCUUGGCCGAACACGUGGCGAAGGUAUUUCAAACAUUGACUAUUUAGAGAAACCUGGAAAGUUGAAAGAAAACAUUCGUGAUAAUCUUCUUGCUCCAAUGUUUAUUGCUCAAGCAACAAUGCAAUAUUCAAAAUUGUUAAAUCCAAUUCCUACACUUUAUUUCGGUACUGGAUGUAUAUACGAAUAUGAAGAUUCAAAUGAUUUAUCACAUCCAUUUACAGAAAAUGAUCCACAAAAUUUUUUUGGCUCAUCUUAUAGUACAGUCAAAGGUGCUACCGAUCUUUUAAUUGACGCUUUUCCACACCUUAUCAAUGCACGAAUUCGAAUGCCAAUAUCGGAUGAUGCAGAUCCACGAGAUUUUAUUACAAAAAUUCUUGGCUAUCAAAGAAUAACUUCUUUACCUAAUAGUAUGACGGUUAUAUCUGACAUAUUACCAAUCUUAUUGGCAAUGAUGCAUGAUGGAAGAUUUAGUGGUCGUAUAAAUGCAUGUAACAAAGGUUGGGUUGAUCAUGAGUGGAUAUUAAAAAUGAUUUCUGAGAAAACAGGUGACAAAUUAAAUUAUGUAUUAGAACCUAUAAGUGAACAAAAUGCUCGUUUGGCUUCAAAACGCUCAAAUAAUAUAUUAUCUACAGAAAAAUUUGAACAAUGGAUUAAAAUGAUACCACUUGAAACACGUAAUCUAUAUUAUGCACCACAUACAUUACCAGAUUUAGAAAAAAGUAUUGAAAAUGUAUGUAUACACCGUGGGUUAAAAGCACUUUCAAAAGAUUCUAUUGAUUCAAGAAAUUUACUAAUUACGGGCGGUUGUGGUUUUAUUGGAAGUAAUUUUGUUAAUCAUUGGCUAAAAACAUAUCCCGAAGAUAAUAUAAUUAAUGUUGAUAAAUUGGAUACAUGUUCAAAUAUUAAAAAUAUUAAAAUUCCUGAUUCAUCUCGUUAUAAAUUUAUUCAUGCUAGUAUUAAUAAUAAAGACUUAAUGCUCCAUUUAAUGAAUCAGUAUGAAAUAACACACGUUGUCCAUUUUGCAGCUCAAACUCAUGUUGAUACAUCGUUUGGUAAUAGUAUUUUGUUUACUGAAUCAAAUAUAUUUGGAACACAUUGUAUAUUAGAAGCGGCUCGAAUCUAUGGUAAAUUACGAAAAUUUAUUCAUAUUAGUACCGAUGAAGUUUAUGGUGAAUGGCCAGUUGGUAGUUGCCAUGAAACAGUUGUGUUAAAUCCGACUAAUCCGUAUGCCGCAACUAAAGCGGCUGCCGAAUUUUUAGUCAAAUCGUAUGGAGAAAGUUUUAAAUUGCCAUAUGUGAUUACACGAGGUAAUAACGUCUACGGUCCAUAUCAAUUUACGGAAAAAGUGAUUCCACGAUUUAUCACAGCAAUAUUACGUGAAGAAAAAAUGCCUAUUCACGGCGAUGGUAAACAUGUUCGAAAUUUUAUCUAUGUUGAUGAUACAGUUAGAGCUGUUGAUACCGUCAUCCAUAAGGGAAAACUUAAAAUGAUAUAUAAUAUUGGUUCGAAAGAUGAACUUAAAGUCAUAGAUAUUGCGAAAAUACUAUUGAAAAUAAUACGUCCAGAUAUGAAACUAGAAGAUGCUAUUAUUCAUGUAAAAGAUAGAUAUUUUAAUGAUUGUCGUUAUUCGGUUAUGACUGAUGCACUUGAAGAUCUCGGCUGGAAACAACAGGUGAAAUUCGAUGAAGGAAUACAAAAUACAAUUGAGUGGUAUACUAAUAAUCAAGAUCAUUGGAUUUCUGCUGAUGAUAAUUCACUUCACUUAAAAAAUAUUGAUCAAUUUUCAGCUGUCAAAGAAUUAGCGGCACUACGUUUCUUCUCUGCAGCUUGA